AAAAACGGCCCAAUCCAAUUCUUGAACAAAAUUUGGUAAUUUCGUGAUCCUAAAAAAAUAAAAAUAUGUGGCCUGCAAUUCAGUUUCAAAGUUAGCGCUUCAGCUGGGACCAAUAAAACAUGCAAAAACGUGAUCGUAUCGAGAUGACAUUCCUAUAUCCUACUCCAUAACAAAAAACCAAAGCUCAAUUUUAAUUAAAUUAUCUCAGAUAAUUGUUUGUUGGCAGCAAUGAAGCUCCGCUGCAUGCAGUCACCGGCAGUGAGCAGCAUUCCUCAGAGCGUGCCGUUUCCCAAACCCUUUUCAUGUGGCAAAGCUGUUUUCAAGUUGCCCGCUAGUAAGAAGGCCUGUCUCGAUGCCAGGAGGCUUAGAUUCCUUGAUUUCGGAGCUCGAUCAUCAGGAAUCACAACAAUCAGAUCGCAGGCACAAUCUGCCACUCCAAGUAAUGGUGGCCAAAAGGAUGCGAAUCUUGUAUUUGUAGCUGGGGCUACUGGCAAAGUUGGAUCACGAACUGUGAGGGAGCUCUUAAAAUUAGGAUUAAACGUUCGAGCUGGUGUUAGGAGUACUCAGAGAGCUGAACCCCUUGUGCAAAGUGUUCGGAACUUGAAGCUUGAGGAUGUUGCAGGAGGCACUCAACCUACAGAUAAGCUUGAACUCGUGGAGUGUGACUUGGAGAACCUGGACCGGAUAAGGCCAGCUCUAGGCAAUUCUUCAAUUGUUAUAUGCUGUAUCGGUGCUAGUGAGAAGGAGGUUUUUGAUAUUACUGGACCUUACCGAAUUGACUACCAGGCUACCAAAAACUUGAUUGAUGCAGCAACCUCUGCAAAAGUUGAACAUUUCAUUUUGGUCACAUCUCUGGGAACAAACAAAGUUGGAUUUCCUGCUGCUAUCUUGAAUCUGUUCUGGGGAGUCCUUAUAUGGAAAAGAAAAGCAGAAGAAGCACUAAUUGCCAGUGGUCUUCCUUAUACAAUAGUAAGGCCCGGAGGGAUGGAGCGGCCUACUGAUUCUUACAAGGAAACUCAUAAUGUUACCUUAUCAGAGGAGGAUACUUUAUUUGGCGGCCAAGUGUCAAACCUGCAGGUAGCAGAACUGCUGGCAUUUAUGGCAAAGAACCGCAGCGUUUCUUACUGUAAAGUUGUCGAAGUAAUUGCAGAAACUACGGCUCCUUUGACUCCUUUCGGAGAUCUCCUGAAAAAGAUACCAUCUCAGAGACCAGAUAUUUACAGUGUCAAGGAACAAGAUGAAGCAGAUCGAUCCCAGCCUGUGGUUUCAGACAGCUCUCCCGUUGAGGAAGAACCUAAGCCCGCUGAGGAAGAACCUAAGCCUGCUGAGGAAGAACCCGAGCAAAUUAAGGCAACUAGAGCAACACCUCUGUCUCCAUAUGCUGCCUAUGAAGAUCUAAAGCCACCAACUUCUCCCACUCCCACCGCGAGCACUGGUGCUGGUGCCACCAAAGCUAGCAAGACAGAGAUCGUGACAGCUGCAACAAGUUCCACGUCCUCACCUGUUGCAGCCAGUUCUUUGGAGACAUCAAUAGACAAUGUAAUUCCUCAGACUGCACCGAAGAAAACACAUGCCUACUCGCCCUACAUAAAUUACGAAGACUUAAAACCACCCAGCUCGCCAACUCCAACCCCUAGUGGCUCGAAAAAGGAGCCUUCUAUAGCCCCAACUCCUACAGAAGUGGCACCACAGCUCGGUGGGGGGAAUGAUGUUCCCACGGGUGGCAGUAUUGAAGCAACGGCAGUUCCAACAACUUCAGCUUCUCCGUACAUUGCAUACGAAGAGCUCAAGCCCCCGACUUCACCAUCUCCUAUUGCACCAACACAGCCCUCAAACAGCGAACCCGAAAAGCCAGUUGAAGAGAACCCAGAAAGCCAUACUGAACCAAAGGCCAAGCCCCUUUCACCCUACACUAUGUACGAGGAGAUGAAACCACCGAGCACGCCUACACCUUCUCCAAAAUAAGCUCUGAAUGUGAAUGGUUCUUCUUUCUUCAGCACUCUCUCUCAGUGACUGUCUGAAUCAGAGAGAUCAUUCUUCGUCUGAAUUGGUUUUUUGUGUGAUUCCAACUGAGCAAGUUGAUGAUGCAUCGGCUUAGUUUUUUGGGGUCUGUAAUUCUCAUUUUGUUCAUGAAUAUGAUUUCAUGCCAUUUUGUCUGUAAUUCUCACAUUGUCGUUUAUGUCGACCUCAUUCCAUGACUAAUGUACACGCCUGAUUUUCUGCCGCUGUGGAAAAAAAAAAAAAAAAAUCACGCCAUGUCAUUUUUUUAUUUCUCAUAAAAUUUCUGUUGGAUUUGCUUAUUAU